CCGGCUGACGAGUAACGAUGGGCAACAAAGUUGUGACAUUUACGGAACAGGAAUUGGAUGACUACCAGGAUUGCACGUUCUUCACGCGCAAGGAGAUCCUGCGGGUUCACAAGCGAUUCCGUGAGCUGCGGCCGGAUCUGGUGCCUCGCCAGAUGACCGAAGGUCAGGCCUCGAGUGUGAAGGUGCCCUGCGAAUGCAUUGAGAAGAUGCCCGAGUUGCGUGAGAAUCCCUUUCGCCGGCGAAUAUGCGAGGCCUUCUCACGCGAUGGCCAGGGCAAUUUAUCCUUUGAGGACUUUCUGGACGCCCUCUCCGUUUUUAGCGAACAGGCGCCGAGGGACAUUAAAGUGUUCUACGCUUUCAAAAUUUAUGAUUUCGAUCAGGACGGCUUCAUCGGGCACGCCGACCUCAUGUCCUGCCUGACAACAAUGACCAAGAACGAGCUGAGUCCGGAGGAGCACCAGCAGAUUGCCGACAAGGUAAUCGAGGAGGCCGACGUCGAUGGCGAUGGCAAGUUAUCAAUUUUGGAGUUCGAGCACGUUAUACUCCGUGCGCCCGACUUCCUCUCCACCUUUCACAUCAGAAUAUGAAACCUUCUUUCGCCGGUGGUGCACUUAGAGAAAAUAUCUUUAGUAGGGUGUUCUCAAGUAAUAUUAUAUCAAUAGAACUAUGUUUCCUUUUUCGAUUAGUUCUAUUGUUUCAAACCUAUAGUAAAAAUGCAGCAUGUGGCUCUCAUUGAAUACAAUUACCAUGCAGAAAAAUAAGAAAUCUGCAGCGUUGAUUAUUAUAAUAAAAUAACCCAGCUUUUAAUAUUUAAUUGAAAUUGAUAUCAAUGCGCACCGAUAGG